UCAGAAUUGUAUAAUGCAAACAGAAUAUAUCAGGACAAAGGAGGUGUGAUUUGGAUCACGAUUCAACUGAAUGAGAUUAGAAUUUAAUAACGGAAAGAUGACUGAUUCAAACACAAAAUGACAUCAACAUAAAGGAGAAUAGUCCAGCUUUGAAGAUUUUUCUCAACCAAUCCCCAGACGACAACGAGACAAGGUUGAUGUGUCCCAGAACGGCAAUUUAAGAUGGAUAUCUUCAGCUCCUUUAGGUUUGACACAGAAACAAAAAGUGAACAUAAUUCACAAAGCGCUGGAUAUGGCGCACAUUGAACCACGUGACCUACUGGAAGAUGCAAUUUCUUUUAAAAGAAUUGAUCCAAAAAUAUCAAGAUAAACACUAAUAAAAAGAGUCAGGUGUGAUGUGUAUUUCAGUUUCAUAAACUUAAAGACAGUCGCGGUGUGCCGCAGGGAAACAAGCUUGGAAUUACGUGCUACUUCAAUGAAACUGAGAUCGAAUUAUUUCGAAAAUACAUUGAAAACUGUCAGAAAACAUGAAUAUAACGAAAGAUCUGCUAGCAAAGAUCACCGACUCCGAGGUUCUCUCUCAGUGUCGCCACCUUCUGGAGCAGCCACAGCCAGAUGACGGGAAAGUAUAUUGUCCGAAGGUGUUUGAUUACGUCAGCUGUUGGAACUACACACUGGCCAACACCACAGCCAUCGGGGGCUGUCCGAGGUCUCAUCCGCAGGGAUUGAUCUUCUCACCUCUGGGGCGGUCGCACCGGAGGUGUAUGGAUGACGGAAGUUGGUUUAUCAACCCCUACAUCAAUCAGUCGUGGACAAAUUACAUAACAUGUGCUGAUCUGUCAGAAUAUGAGAACCUACAGAGUAUAAACUAUGUGUAUGAAAGUGGAUACAUCUUCUCCUUCGUGUUACUGAGCAUCGCGCUGAUUGUCUUUACCUGCUUCAGACAACUACACUGCACACGAGUGACGAUACACAAGAACCUCUUCCUGUCCUACAUUCUGUACGGUCUACUGUGGCUACUGUUCAGCUUCCUCGUCACGCCUGAAGUCGCAAUGGAAAAUUCGAUUUGGUGCAUUUCGUUAUGGAUUCUGAAGGAGUAUUUUCAGAUGUGUAACUAUGCCUGGCUGUUUGCUGAGGGAUUUUAUCUUCAUUCUAUUAUUGUUCUGACCUUCACUAACCAGCAAAAAUUGCUCUUGGUGUCUCUCUGCAUAGGUUGGGUUUUCCCCAUUUUGCCUAUGUCAAUAUAUGCAAUAUUGAAUGCCAGUUCCAAAGAGCCUGUGGGAAGAGUACAAUGCUGGGUAGGAGACGUGGGCUAUAACAAACUGAUGUGGAUCUUGCACAGUACCUGUAUCGUGUCUCUCGCUGUCAAUUUGGUCAUUCUAAUCAACGUGAUGAGGAUAGUUAUCGUGAAGAUCCGGGCAGUUAAUACAGGGGAGACAACACAGCUUCGGAAAACCCUCCGCGCCUGCCUAAUUCUCGUGCCGCUGUUAGGGGUACAACAGUUACUAUUUCCCAUUCAACACGACCACAUCGUUUAUCGUGUGACAGUUGCUGUGGUAACGUCUUAUCAGGGAGCAUGUGUUGCUUUGCUGUUGUGCUUUUUCAACAGAGAGGUCAUAAAAUGCUUCAAGAAGAAAAUUUCGCAACUGAAAUACAUCAACGAAGGUCGACGAUCUAGUCUGCUGACCCUAGGCACCUCCAUCGGAGGAUUAAUCAGACGAGGAAGUAGGCAAAUCAGCAUUUACACCAGACGAACGUCUGUAUCACGUGAUAGAAAAACGUCAGAGCACGUGACCGAAAACGUCACGCCAACACAGAGAGAAGUAGCUCAGUCACUACUGAAUACAACUGAAAUGAAAGAAUCACAAACGAUUGAGAGUCUUGUUUCAGCCGGUGAAUCCCAGCCCUUAACUAGUAUUGGGGCCAGGCGCGAGAGUAUCCGAAGUGCAGAUUCCAAUAGGGGACGCUGUAAUUUGCCGAGCAUAUCCGAAGCAUAAUAUUUGAAAUGAUUCUACUUUUGAACAAUACACACUGAAGUCAUGUAGUAUCUAUCAAUCUGUAAAUAUUAUUUUGUUUACAAUUUAAAUACUGUUAAUAUUUUGUUCCCCAAUUUACAUGUAUAUUUAGAAAUUUCCGAAAUGAAUAUAUUUGAAUGUUUUAUAAGUAACACGUUCUUGUAUGAAUUUGUCGAGUUCCAAGUGGCAAAUCGGCGCCGGUCACCAUUUCUUUACUUCUCGGGGAAAAUCAAAUGUGAAAUAAGAGGUUUCAUAGGAUGAUCGUUUUUCCUUGAUGAUUUUGUGAAAAGUGUAUUUCUUACCUAAAAGGGUAGAAUACUAGUAUCCAGAGGGAAAUUAAAAGUUUGUAGAUUUAUUCAUUAUAUUUAACGCCAUCUUUAAAGUUUCUUGGGGCUAAAGUUUUGUAUAUUUCUUUGUUUUACGUGACGUCGAGAAUUUUUCAUUCAUGUAGAGACGUCACCAGCUGAAGGUGAGACCUAUGCUUAGCGUUUACGGUCGUAGUAGGGAGGGUUCUUUAACGUACCAACGCCUGCCGCAACACAGACCUCAAAUAUUUAAAGACUCGCGACUCUCACUUCUAAAUGCCGAGCGUCUAGCGGAGGUUCACAAAUCUAAUUAAAAUCAGGCUUCUUAGAUCCACGCCGUAUACUUACGCAAAGUAUACAGCGCGGAUCUAAGAAGUCUGAUUUAAAAUAGAUUAGGAGGUUCACCUGCGGCCUAUUUCGACGUCUUUGACGCAGCCAAGGCACAAACAGGGCUCGAACCCACAACCUCCCGUUCACAAAGCUAACGCUGUAACCACUGAACCGCAACCGAUAGAGAACUGAAGAAAUGGUGUGUGCCGAGUUGCCAUUCAUUUGUUUUUUGAUUAUAUGAUGUGUAUAUAAAACGAAUAUUUUGAUGAUGUUUUACUGUAGCUGUAAGAAAACAUUGUGUUCACUGCAAUAAUCAAUUUGUAUAUGACCGUGUUCACUCGUACGUUCAUCUGAAAGAAAAAAAAAACCAUGGUGCGCCCUUUUUAAAACCACUUUAUCACACAUAUCAUUUAAUUUGACAUGUACUAAAAAAAUAUUUCCAAGCCAACAUAGCUCCUACUGUUAUCAGGGCCGUAACUGCCGAUGAGGCAGACGAGGCAACUGCCUCGUCUGAUUUUUUGGCAAAAAAGAAAAUAAAAUUAUAUAAAUGUUAUAUUAUAGGAUAUAUGUUUAAAAUGAAGACAAGCACCUUUGUCUUUGACACCAUAUUACGAUUCUUUACAUAGUACAAAUGAAACACAAACAUGAUAAAUUGGGAUUUAAAAAGUGUCAUUUUCAGUCGUAAAGUCAAUCGGCGGCCCCCAAUCCCCUGCCUCCCCUGAUUUAGAACCCUACUUACGGCCCUGGUUAUGAAAUUGUACACAUCGAAUGUGCUGGACCAUGGACUAAAAUUCUACAGGACAUUAAAUGUGUUGGACUAUGCUACACAACGUGAAAUGUGCCGGACUAUCAGUUGAAAUGACAGGAAGUCGAGUCUACGUUGGUUUGGGAAAUAAUUAUAUCAAGGAGAAUAUGCGCAUGUGUACUGUGUGUUUGUACCAUGAACAGAUACAAUAAUAGUUAUUGUUUGCAAAAGAAAUCCGGUGUUGUGCAAUACUGACAUGAAAUGACGUCAUUCCAGUUACUCUGCAUUUUUUAUUGCUCAUAAGUCAUUUUAUACAGUAACUCUAAUCUUUUAUACUAGUGCUCACUUUUUAAAUAAUAUACUGUACAGUUCUUAUAACCAAUUUUCUUUGUUACAAAUAUGUGGGUUUUUAAAAUAAAUUGUUAU